CGCUUAACAUCGCUUAGUAUCUUUUAAAAUCGACGAGUCAGUCGUGAAUGUGCUAGUGCUGUGUUAACAUCUAAUAUUUCUCGUAUCUCAUAAAUAACACAUUCUUUUCUCAAUCUACGUUAAAGAUUUAUAUAGGAAAAAAAGUCAACAGUUUUCGCAAUGCAGAACUCUCAACCAAUCAUCCUUCUGCUAAUGUCUUUCUUCAUUUGCAAUCGAUAUCUCUUUCAACCAAUCGAUGCCAUUGGUAAUCUUCGAAUAGCUUAUCAAUGGAAAGAGAUUGAUUAUGAUUGGCCGAACGACGACGUCAAGAACUUAUUUCCUGAUUAUAAUCGUGAGGAUAAUCUUCCUUUGGGUUUGGAUAUCGCUGAUAACAGGAUAUUUGUUACGGUACCAAGAUGGAGAAGAGGAGUUGCUGCUAGUUUAAAUUAUAUCAAUCUUAAUGAUACUCGAGAAUCACCACCGUUUAUACCAUACCCAACUUGGGAAGCUCACGAACAUGGAAGUGGGAAUGGAAGUGGGCCAGAAUUGGUAUCACCCUUUCGAUUAAAGGUCGAUCGUUGUUCAAGACUAUGGGUUCUUGACACAGGAUUAAUUGAUAUUAUGGGAAAUCCAGAACAAAAGGUGCCACCGGCAUUAGUCAUUUAUGAUCUGAAAGAUGACAGACCUCUACGAAAAUACGUCAUACCUUCUGAUCAAAGGACGGCUGAUUCUUUCUUUGCCAAUAUCGCCGUCGAGGAUUAUAAUUGCGAGGAUACUUAUGCUUAUCUUGGUGACCUAGGUGCUCCAGGAUUAGUCGUUUAUUCUUGGAAACUUGAUAAGUCUUGGCUUGUUAAGCAUCACUUCUUUCAUCCCGAUCCCAAGGGUGGCAAUUUCAAUGUUUCUGGCCUAGCUUUUGUAUGGAACGAUGGAAUCUUUGGAAUGGCUCUUGCACCCACUCAGGAUGGAUACAGUACUCUUUAUUUUCAUCCAUUAUCCAGUACAAUGGAGUUUUCUGUUAGUACAAAACUUCUACGAGAUCCCGAACGUAUUAAUUCUCCUGAAGGUUUUCAUGAAUUUCAGCCUCUUGGCUCACGUGGAUCUAAUGGUCAGAGCAGUGUCAGCUUUAUUGAUCCAAACACAGGCGUCAUGUUUUAUGCUUUAACGAACUUUAAUGCUAUUGCUUGUUGGAGACCUAGUAAUAAUUUUAGUCUACAAAAACAGAAUUUCGUUUAUGUCGACAACGUCACUAUGAUAUUUCCCAACGAUUUAAAAGUUGAUCAUAAGGGCAACAUUUGGAUUUUGUCAGAUCGUUUACCAAUCUUCAUGUAUUCUCGCUUGGAUCCUGAUGAUUACAAUUACAGAAUUUUGGUUGGAUCAACAGAAGAUCUCAUUCGUGAUACAGUUUGUUCAAAGGACUUUGGCGUCUCAUCGAAAUAUCCAAAUGAUUUCAUUCCUGAGAUGAAAAAGGAAAGAGAACAACAACAGAGUGGUGCUGGAGUUAGUGGUAUAUCUGAAACGUUCGGAUCAUUGAUCGUUACAAUGUUUUUUUUCCUUUUUUACAAACUUGGUCUUGCAAUAGUCAUUGGAACAAUAAAGGAAAUUAAAAGAAAAAUGUCCAACAAGCAGAAGAUUAUGAGUUCUAUACCUGGGCUAGUUUAUCCAUUAGCUAGAAAUGAAAUUAUAAAGACACCAUAUGGAUUUUUAAAAGGAAGAAUUCAGCAAGAUGGUGCCGAAGGACUUUGGAGAAUCAAGAAUGGUUUAUACGAUUUACGAACUUUUGCUAAAUCUCAUCCUGGUGGUGCUGAAUGGAUUACUCUUACCAAAGGCACUGAUAUCACUGAAGCUUUUGAGGCACAUCAUCUAACAGAAAAAGCUGAAAGAAUUUUACCUAAAUUUUAUGUCCGUGAUGCAACUACGCCGAGAUCAAUACCAUUGACUUUUGAACCUAAUGGUUUCUAUCGUACUUUCAAGAAACGUGCUUUAGAGGCUCUCAAGGACGUGGAUUUUCAUCGACCUUCGAAAAUGUCUAAUUGCAUUGCUGAUUCUUUCUUAGCUGUAACAAUUUUCUUCUGUUUAGCUGCUGUCUAUCCUCCUACCUCGUCAUUUAUUGCAAUGAUUAUUGCUGGCAUUUUCUUGGCAUGGACUACAGUCAUUGGUCAUAAUUAUUUUCACAUGAGAGAUAACUUUCGUAUGUAUUACUUUGAUCUUAGUUUAAUGUCAUCCAAAGAUUGGCGAAUUACACAUGCUAUGAGUCACCAUCUCUAUCCAAAUACUAUUUGGGAUUACGAAAUCUAUAUCGCUGAACCGUUUCUGAAAUGGUUACCAAAUGCAGAUAAGAAUAUUUUCAUGAGUUUUGUUGCCCAAAUUUCUAGUCCUAUUAUUUAUACAUUGACAUUCUGUCAACAAGGAAUCAAAAGGUAUUACUCAAUGAUAUGGGAAUACGGAACUGUGGAAGUUAGAGACAUAGUACCUUUCAUUCUUCCAAUUGCUAUGUCGUUUGUUGCACCAAAUAUAUUCGUUGCUUUUAAAACAUGGCUAAUAAUCAUUUUGAUAAGUAGUUUUAUAUUUAGUUUUAUCGGAAUUAAUGCUGCUCAUCAUCAUCCAAAUAUAUUUCACGAUGGAGAUAUUUAUAGAGAAAACUUGGAUUGGGGCCUACUCGAAUUGGAUGCUGUUAGAGAUCGCGAAAUUAUCGACGAUGAUCCAAUCUUAGUGUUAACCAAUUUUGGCUCUCAUGGACUACAUCAUUUGUUACCGUCAGUCGAUCAUUCGUAUCUACCUUUGGCUAUGCCAGCUUUUCUACAAACUUGUAAAGAAUUUGGUGUAAGUACCGAAAAAUUGACACAAUGGGAACUUACGAAAGGACAAUUCCAACAAUUGGCUCGUGUAGAGUCUAAAAAGAAUCAUAGAUAAUGUCUUAGUUGGUUAAAUGAUAAUAGAUAUAAAUUUAAUUGUUUUCUAAAAUAAUCAUUAAGUAUUAGUCGAUAUUGUAGAUUACAAUAAUUACUGUCGGCAACUUAUCAACGAUUUGAACAAGUUCCGUCGGUAUUUUUAUUAUCGAAGAUAUUUCUAUCGUUGUGUAAUAAAUUUUCUGUAACAAAUAA